AGCAACGAUGGCCGCACUUGCAGACGCUCAGUGUGUAUGCACUGUCUGUACAAAAAUACGUGUUACAAUCGACCACAUUUUGUGCGUUUUAGAUAUAUACGGUUGGCUAUUAGAUUCUUAUGUCGUGGAUUUUUUUCAAGACAGAUUAUGGGAUAGAUUGCCUGCAAGUUGGAGGUUCUCUCUGAAAGAUACAUCUCCUCAAGAGUUUGGGAAAUGGUUGUCGGGAGACAUCUCGUGCACACGAGUGUGGCCAUUAUCGUUACUUGCACUUCGUCAAGUAACUAACAAUUUGCAAAUUAAUAGAAAUAAUGAGGACCCAGCAAGUGUUGUAUCUUGUGAACUGAACAAUAUAGAAAGAAAUAAUGAUGAAAAGAAUGUUGAUGAAGCUCAAGCAGAUGUACCAAAUGAAUUUAGUCCCUUAGAUAGUAAAUUUAAUAAAUUGUUUUCGAAGCAUAUAAAAAAGAAAAAGAAAUAUGAAAUACAAGAAAUAGCACAAGUAUGUGCGAAUUGUGCGUAUGACUCUAAUUGUAAAUGUAUUGUUGAUAUUGGAGCUGGAAUGGGUCACUUGGCUCGUAUCUUAGCAUUUCGACAUGGAUUAUGCGUUACCUGCAUUGAACAAGAUUGCAUAUUACUGCAACAAGCUAGGAAAUGGGAUCAAGAACUGUUAAUGUCUGUGAAAAAGCAUUUACCUAAUUUCUGUAAGAAAGGACCACAGCAUUACACAGCCAAAUUGGAGUCAUCUAAUUUAAUUGAAUCAGAAUUAGUUAGCCACCUACAAGACUUAUUUCAAACUGGAUUUAACUUAAGUAAAACAGACACUGCAUUUGGUCUUGUAGGGCUACAUCCUUGUGGAGAUUUAGCUCCAUUGUUGUUAAGGCUUUAUUGUUCCAGAAGUGAAGCCAAAUUUAUUUGUAUUGUAGGAUGUUGUUACAUGAAAUUAACUUUAAAGUCAGGAAUAAGUGAAGUAAAGGGUUACCCACUUAGCAAUUACCUGAUGGCAUGUAAAAAUCAUACAUUAAGUUAUACUUCAUUAGAAGUGGCAUGUCAUGCCAUUGAAAAGUACUGUGACAAAUUAAAGACUGGGAAUUAUGAAGAUUUAAUAGUCCACACAUACAGAGCAGCUUUAGAAACAAUUUUAAUAAAGAAAAGUGAAAAACUAAGGCACAGUCAAUUAAGGAAUGUCAAAGUGACAAAAGGGAUGACAUUUCAACAGUACUGCAUUGCAGCAACAUUGCAUUUCGCUACUUACCUGCAACCAACAGACUCCGACAUCGAUAAUCCAGAGAUUAACGGCCGCCUAAAUCGCUGGAAAGAAGUCAUAGUAUUCGGUUCGUUGCGAAUGAUGUUGGCGCCAUUAGUGGAGACCGUUGUGCUGUUCGACAGAUUCCUAUAUCUAUCUGAAAAGCAUUUAUCCCCGACAUUAAAACCAGUGUUCGACAGCAGACUAUCGCCACGGAAUUUAGUACUAAUAUCUAGGAAAAAUAAUUAGUCAAUUAAUCAGUGUCAUAUCACCUUCCGACGAAUCGCUGUUUCGAACAUCGCCGAUUCACCCCACCCCGCCAACGGAACAUUCCUGCAGUCGCAGUUCCCGCGUCCACGAAUCAAAGUUUGCCCAGCUUACAAUGUGCCUUUGAUUGGACAAUACCAUUCAAUUACAAUUGUCGAUGAACAA